CUGACUUUCAAGUAAAUUGCGAAACAAAAUCUGCUGCUUGAAAAUGAAUCAAACUUGCGAUUUGGUACUACAGAGAAAGAACUGCAGAUAGAAGAACUAAGAAGAAACCAAAUCGGAAGUUGCAGAGCGAUAGAGAUCGCGAUCGUCAAGAAGAACACUGUGAAGAUGCACAGAUCAUGGCAAGUGAUGGUUAUUGUCCUUGUUUCAAUCUUAGGACUGCCAUCCUCUUCUUUCUCGAGCGUAGAGCAGCCGCUCACGGCGGAUGGAAACGUGUUGGAGCUCGACGAAUCCAAUUUCGAUCUCGCAAUUUCAUCAUUUGACUUCAUAUUGGUCGACUUUUACGCCCCAUGGUGCGGCCACUGCAAGCGUCUUUCUCCGGAGCUGGAUGCUGCUGCACCACAGCUUGCCAAACUGAAGACGCCUGUAGUUCUAGCAAAAGUAAAUGCUGACAAGUUUACUCGUCUUGCUAAAAAAUUUGACGUUGAUGCCUAUCCUACAAUCAAGAUCUUCAUGCAUGGCAUUCCAGUAGACUAUUAUGGACCAAGAAAAGCAGACUUGCUUGUCCGUUAUCUGAAGAAAUUUGUUGCUCCGGAUGUCUCAAUUCUGGACUCUGACUCAUCGAUUAAUGAUUUUGUUGAAGCUGCUGGGGCUUAUUUCCCUAUCUAUUUGGGUUUUGGUUUAGAUGAAUCUAUUAUUUCUAAAUUUGCUAUUAAGUACAAGAAAAAGGCUUGGUUUUCAGUGGCAAAGGGUUUCUCAGAGGAUGUCAUGGUGUCUUAUGAUUUUGAUAAGGUUCCUGCUUUGGUUUCUGUCCAUCCAAAUUACAACAAUGAGCGGAGCACUUUCUAUGGCCCCUUUGAAGAGCAAUUUUUGGAGGAAUUCAUAAAACAAAGCUUGUUUCCUCGUGUUCUGCCCAUAAACUACGACACUCUUAAGCUGCUAAAAGAUGAUGAUAGGAAAAUAGCACUCACAAUCGUGGAGGAUGAGGAUGAUGACCAGACAAAGAAUUUGAUCAAUUUAUUAAAGGCUGCUGCAUCUGCUAAUCGGGACUUGGUGUUUGCUUAUGUUGGGGCCAAACAGUGGGGAGAAUUUACAGAUUCAUUUGGGGAUAAGAAGACCACACUGCCAAAAAUGGUCAUCUGGGAUGGGAAGGAUGACUACUUAACGGUUAUUGGUUCAGAAAGCAUUCUUGGGAACGACCAUGCAACACAAAUCUCAAAAUUUAUCGAAGGAUACAGAGAGGGGAGAACUGAAGAAAGAAAAAUUGCGGGUCCUUCAUUUAUUGGCUUCAUAAAUUCACUGAUAGGCAUCAGGACUGUAUACAUCCUUGUGAUUAUUGUUGGAGGAAUAAUGCUUUUCCAAACCCUCACCAAAGAUGAUAACGAAUAUCGUAGAGUCGAUACUCCGAGUCGAGACCAGUUCGACCAAACUAGCAGUAGCACCUCUACCUCCUCCCAGGUUGAAAGAAGGGAAUAUAGGGCUGGUGACAAGCAAGAUUGAACGUGGAUUUUGGUGAAUUUAUUCUUAGUUGGAUCUCUGAAUGGCUUAGGGAAAGCAGAUAUCGGCAUGGAUCAGAUAUAAAUUUAUCUCGGCACGAUGAUUAUGAAAAGAAAACUGAGGAAAUGUGUGAUUUUGGCGAUCAGUUCAUAAGCAUUGUUUACCCUUUGUGGAAGAUAACUUAUAUUUGAUGCAUGCUCUUGUUCUACUUGUUCUUAUUUACGUGUUUUUGGUUCAAUUGAAUUGAUGACUUGCAUUCUGUU